CUUGCUUCUAUCGUCAUUACGCCGCUUCAUUUGUGACCAUAUGUUCCGUAUCCUUCUCUCAUGUAUUUUUCAUCGCCACAAACCUAAUCCUUUUACCACCUAAGAAUUCGAUGGUGUUGAAAUGCUAUGUACAUAAAUCCAACUUCUUCGGCCGUUGUUCUUCUAUCAAUUUGAUGGUUGUUCUUAUAUGAAUUGUUUGAUACAAGAUUCACUGAACAUGGUUUGAUGCUGUGCCAUGAACACUGGAGAGGGCUUUCAAAGGUGUAGUACUUGGCUGGAUUUAUUGAUGCAAUGAAUGUUGAGGCAGUGGAGAUGGCUUUCAUUCGUGUAGUACUUGGCUGGAUGUAUUAUAUUGAGAUGAUUGUAAAUGUUUACAUAAUGAGAUGUAAUGUAUAGCUGCCAUGUGUACCAAAGUGUUUAUAGCCAUUGGAUUACAAUUUCUGGCGGGAAAAUUGGGCAUUGCAAUUGGAAUGGAUUUCAUUCAGCUUCUAUAUAUAUAUAGUAGAAAAGCAUCGUGACAGCAUGAAGGCAUACGAUAUGAUCCUACACCUGAGGCAGCUCUACCAAGGGCAAUCUAGGCAUGAGAGAUUCCAAAUCUCUAAGGCACUCUUGAGUUGCAAGUUGUCUGUUGGAAUCCCAAUCGGUCUGCAUGUUCUCAAGAUGAUCGGCUAUGUCGAGACUCUUGAGAAGUUGGGUUUCUCACUAAGGCAAGAACUUGCAACGGAUUUUAUUCUGCAAUCGUUGCCAUAAAUGUAUAAACACAACUUUUCUCUUCUUUAUACUCUAUAUAUCCAUAAAAAUAUUAAGUUAUUUUACUCCCAAUACACUACCAAACCUUUCCCAAAAGACUAGAAGAAGUUAGAGCCAACAAGAGUUCGUUUAGAGCCCGUUUAAGCUCCAUAACACCUCUAAAGUCUCGGUUCCUUACUAGUCUUCAACAAGUCCGUUUCACUUUCUCUCUCGAACUCGAGGUGAUGUAGCUCGAACAAGUGGAAGUGCAGGACAUGGCAAUUAAAUCCGUUUUGAUAAAUACGGUUAUGUGUUUAUUUAUUUGCUUGAAUAAAAAGUUUGUAUUUUA